CUACCUCGCGUAAAUAGAAAAUAAAAGCUACUUAACACAAUGUUGAAAAGUUGUGUGCUUCGAAGGGUGAAUUGAGCGUAGUCGUAGAAGAGAUUGAGAGAGAUAUCGCAGCACUUUUGGGGUUAUUAGAAGUAACAUUGGAUAUAAUGGACGAACUAAGCCUUGUUUAUAUAAAAACAAAUGAUCGUGAUCAUAAAGAGGCAAUGGCAAAAGAGUCUGACUCUUUCGAAGCCGAGAUAAAUGAGUGUAUUAGCAAGGCUGAGUCGAUUAUUAAGGACAAUUUGAGCAAGAAGUCAAAUCGAAGUACUAUAAGCGCGACCGGAGGCGUGGAAGCGAUUGUGUCUACCCAUUCACAACAGGGGCCUGAGUCCAAUGUGCCUUCGGGGGCAGAGGAAAGGGUAACAGUCACGAGUCGUCUAAAACCCCUGAAAUUACCAGUUUUUGAUGGGAAUAAGAUCAUGUUCGAGGAUUAUUGGGCGUUAUUUGAAAGCUUAGUGGACAAAAGUACUGAAUCUGCAAAUGUCAAGAUGGCUAGACUGCGGCAAAGUCUCACAGGGCAACCCCUCGAAGCAAUUAGAGGGCUUGGUGUAUCCCGGCCAGAAUACGAGGAAGCGAAAGAACUUUUGACAACAAAGUAUGGUGGUCAACGUAGGCAGCUACAAGCAUACAUGGACCAACUUGAGAGUAUGACCCCGCUCAAAAACAACGAUAUUAAUGGAUUUGAGAUGUUCUCAGAUCUUGUUCGCGUAUCGGUUGUGAAGUUGCUGGCAGACGGUAGAGAUGGCGAGUUAGGGGAAGGGAACUUGCAUAGUUUUGUUGGUUAAGAAGCUCACGGAUAGGCAGGUGGAAAAUUAUAACCGGUGGUUGGGGGAAAAUACGAAGACGCGAUCUGUGUUGAAUCUCCGGGAUUGGUUGAAGUGU